AUUAAAUACAUAUAAUGUUCAAUCAAUUCAAAGAACAAGCCUCUAAAUUUGGUCAACAAGCUAGUCAAGGUGCUUCCAAACUUGGACAGCAAGCGAGUCAAGGUGCAAGUGCUUUUGGAAAACAAGCAAGUACGUUUGGACAACAAGCAGGACGUAGUGUGAACACUUUUGCAGAAAGCAACAAUAUCAAUACACCUGUUAUGGGUACUUUGACUGAAACUUCUGCCAAAGCUUCCCGUAUUCUUCAAUCCUUUAUCGAAAAAGAAGAAGUCGAAACAGGUUUUGAUAAUGUGAUUCCUGUCAAAGUGAUCCAAGAAGCAAAAGGAUUGGCAAUUUUUACAGUAGUGAAGGCUGGAUUUUUGGUGGCUGGAAAAGCUGGAAAUGGUAUUGUGGUAUCUCGUCUUCCUGAUGGUCGUUGGUCUGCUCCUUCUGCCAUUGCUACAGGAGGUGUUGGUUUUGGUUUCCAAGCAGGUGCCAAUAUCACUGAUAUAGUGUUGAUUCUAAAUAGUGAUGAAGCUGUGAACGCUUUCAAAACAAAAGGCAAUGUCAGUUUGGGAGGAGAUCUUGCAGUAUCUAUUGGUCCCUUGGGAAGUGGAGGAAAUUAUAGUGCUACAUCAUCUAAAGGCAAGGUAGUUCCCAUGUAUUCUUAUGUCAAGUCCAAAGGAUUAUUUGCUGGUUUGAGUGUGGAAGGCACAGGCCUAUUUGAACUACCCAAGACGAAUGCAGAAUUUUAUGGACGAACUGUCAAGGCGGAAGAAUUACUUGAAGGCAAAAUCGACCCUCCUCAGGAAUGUCAAAUAUUAUAUGAUACCAUCAAGCGCGCAGAAAACCGGGAUCCUUAUUAGUUAUAUAUUUUAUUUUAUUUUAUUUUA